CCCAUCCCAUGCACCCCCUCCCAUUCCUUCGCUAUAAAAGGAUUCUAUCCCCCUCUUUCCCCUGCCUCUUCCUCUCCUCCCAACCUCCAAACUCCAAACUCACUUCCAGCCUCCUUUUUAGAUACCCAGCUCUAUAAAGCAAUCACUGCCCUCAUAACUCACCUCAUCUCUCAGGCAUAUACAUAUAUACAAUAAUACACACACAUACAGCUGUAGAUAAUAGAAGGCAGGCAAGGAGGAGGAAAAGUUGAUUAGAUGUGGUAAAGAUGAGUUGUAACGGAUGCCGAAUACUAAGAAAGGGCUGCAACGAAAACUGUAUACUACGACAAAGUUUACAGGGGAUUGGGAGCCCUCAAGCUCAAGCUAAUGCCACAGUUUUUGUCGCCAAAUUCUUCGGCCGCGCCGGUCUCAUGUCCUUCCUCUCCGCUGUCCCUGAACCCCAAAGACCAGCCUUGUUUCAAUCGCUGCUAUAUGAAGCUUGUGGGAGGACCGUGAACCCAGUAAGUGGAGUGGUGGGGCUGCUGUGGACCGGCAACUGGCAGCUGUGCCAGUCUGCAGUGGAGACGGUUCUCCGUGGCGGAGUUUUGCGGCCGAUGAUGAAUCUUCCUGCCGAACCUCAAGAAGCUGUGGACCAUGAUGAUGCGUCGGAGGCGAGCCGUCUGUGUCUUAACUUGUCGGCCCGAGUGACGGCAGGCGGGAGAGUGAAGAGGAGGUCGGCCACACCGGAGGAGUCCGAAACCUCCACCAUGGAGAGCUGCUAUGAUUAUACUGCUAGUAAUUAUUUUCAAAAUCUAAAAGGCGGAGAAGGAACAAAGCUUCUUAGACUCUUUUUUUGACUGAGCAUCGGCAAAUGCAAUUUUCCUGAGGAUUUUAAUCAAUUUGACUUUUUCCCCCCCCUCUUUCUUCACUUGGGCGCUUCUGGGGUUUUGUUUCAGUUUCCUUUGGCCGGCAAAAGCGGUUUUUUUGGGGGGGUUGCUGGAUUUCUCACUUGUGGUUUGUCUGAAUUGUCACUCGUAUUUGUGACCUUGAAUAAAAUCAAGUAAAUUCUCAGCCAUCUUCAUCUAUAUAUCCCCUUUACUUUACGACGGGUUUAUAAUCAACAACCUUAAUAUCGCCUUGAACCAUUUCCCGUUUGUUAAGGGAUUAUGGUGUGACAUUAAAAGGGGCUGACGGCGAUGAUGAUGUGAGAUUUUGGGAUUUUCCAUCUUUCACUUUCUAUUCUCAUUUGUUUGGUUGAGUUGAGUAUUGACUGAAGAGGGCUGUUUCUGGAAUGGUAUCCUCAAGCCGUGAAGUUCAUUGCACGAAAUGAUUUUGUGGAACAUGUAAACGAUAUAAUAGUAGUGAGUUCAAUGAUUAUGA